AGCAGGGAGAGCGCUCGCCCAAAUGGUGAUCCAAUUCCUUCUCCUCCUGGCCUUCUUCGCCGUCGCCGAGCGGUUCCUCCACAAGAUCCGGAACCUCCCCCGACCCCCCUUCCCCACCCUCCCCGUCGUCGGCCACCUCUACCUCCUCAAGAAGCCCCUCCACCGCUCCCUCUCCCGCCUCUCCCGCCGCCACGGCCCCGUCUCCCUCCUCCACUUCGGCUCCCGCCGCGUCCUCGUCGUCUCCUCCCCGGACGCCGCCGAGGAGUGCCUCACCAAGAACGAUGUCGUCUUCGCCAACCGCCCCCGCCUCCUCGCCGGGAAGCACCUCGGCUACAACUACACCAGCCUCGCCUGGUCCGCCUACGGCGACCACUGGCGCAACCUCCGCCGCAUCGCCUCCCUCGAGAUCCUCUCGACUAACCGUCUCCUGACCCUCUCCGGCAUCCGGGCCGGCGAGGUGAAGUCGCUGAUCCGUCAGCUCGCCAAGAGCGGUGGCCAGAGCGUGGACAUGAAGUCCGCUUUCUUCGAGCUGAUGCUGAACGUGAUGAUGCAGAUGAUCGCCGGAAAGAGGUACUACAGAGAGAACGUGGGGGAGGUGGAGGAGGCGAGACAGUUCAGGGAGAUGGUGACAGAGUCGUUCAGGGUCGGCGGCGCUAGCAACAUCGGCGAGUUCUUGCCGUUCCUGAGGUGGAUGGGACUGACGGGGGUGGAGGAGAAGCUGAUGGAGUUGCAGAAGAAGAGGGAUGAGUUCAUGCAGAGCUUGAUCGACGAGAGACGGAGUGGCGAGGGUGAUCAAUCGCUGGAGGCGGCGGCGGAAGGAGGGAAGAGGAAAACGUUGAUUCAGGUGCUCCUGUCCCUGCAAGCGACGGAGCCAGACUACUACAAAGACGAGACCAUCAAGAGCCUUAUGCUGGUUUUGUUACCAGCGGGAACCGAUACGUCGGCCGCGACCACGGAAUGGGCAAUGUCGGCUAUGCUAAACCAUCCGGAGAUCCUGAAGAAGGCACAAGCUGAAAUAGACGAGGUCGUGGGUCACGACCGCCUAGUCGGCGAAUCGGACUUGCCUAAGCUCCCCUAUCUCCACUGCAUCAUGAACGAAACGAUGCGCAUGUACCCCGUAGGUCCGCUCCUCGUGCCUCACGAAUCGGCAGAGGAGUGUCGCGUGGGAGGUUACCGCGUCCCGCGAGGCACGAUGCUCCUGAUCAACCUCUUCUCCAUACAGAAUGAUCCCAAGUACUGGCCCGACGCGACGAAAUUCAAGCCGGAGAGAUUCGAAGGGAUGGAAGGCGUGAGAGACGGGUACAAGAUGAUGCCCUUUGGCUCGGGGAGGAGAGGGUGCCCGGGCGAGAACCUCGCCUUGCGCAUGGUCGGGCUGACGCUCGGGUCGUUGAUCCAGUGCUUCGAGUGGAACCGGAUUAGCGACGAGCCGAUCGAUAUGACGGAAGGGACCGGACUGACCAUGCCCAAAGCUCAGCCUUUGUUGGCUAAAUGUAGGCCUCGCUCCUUUACAUGGGACCUUCUUUCUCAGGCUUGAGUCGACGAUGACUCAGUUCUCAAGAAUGAGUUUGAGAUAUAGCACUCUGGUGGUGACACAAUAGUGUUCUUCGUUGAAUAAGAAAGUUCGCCAUGAUUGAAACGA